UAACUAGCUAUCAACAUUUGCAUUUAAUUAGUGUAAUAACAUUUUAUCCAGUGAAUUUUUCUUACUUAUCUUACGUCCAUUUUUAUUACAUUUUGAGUAUUCUAUCAUAAAUAUGUACUUUAAAUGUACCAUUUAAAAAUACCUUCUAAUUAAAUUCUUAUUAACUAUUAUCAGUAAAAUAACCAUUUUCAUUUCACAAAAAUAGUAGAUAGACGGCGAGACGAGAGCCUUUCAGAUAAGAUUCAUUGUCCUUUAAUAUUUUCUCAGUCUCGCGAUCAACAUUAACCCAUUUGUUUGAUUUUGUCUAAAAAAGUGACGAUAUUAAUGUGAUUAUUAUGACGGAUCGGGGUAGAUUUAUAUUCGAAGAAGUACCUCUACAGUCAUUCGCACCGUAUGAGCGCAAGCAAUCCAAAAGUCUUAAGGGACCCCUGAGGGUGUUGCGAUUAUGCUUGUUGGGCAUCGUCAUACCAACUUUAAUUUUGGGGGUCCCUUUAUAUUUUAGGUACAAUGUCUAUGGAGCUCAGUUGUAUCCUUUAGCUAUGUCCGAUAUGCGGAUGAUAGAUAAUAGAGUGUCUACUACAUGGUGUCAGAAACAACGGAUUAAAACAAAUACAACUUUCAAUGCAUUUUUACUCAAAGAGCCGCCAAAACUUUCUACCAACCUUCAUUCUCUUUCUAUGGUGCGUCAUCUCGUACUUGAAGAUGACAUUAAAGAAUACUGGGGCUUUUACCUCCUAAAGGGCUCUUCGGUCACCGUUAACACUUGUGUUAGAUGGCCUGGUGCAUCUCUGAUAGUAAUCCGUGGUCACCGGCAUUUACACGAAUGCGCCUACAUAGGGGACGAUUCAUCCGAAGAAUUGGAUGAGCUUAUGGAGGCUAUAAAAGAAGGAACUGUUGAUCCAGAUAUUCUAAAAAUUAAUCCGAAAUUUAAUUCUAAUGAAUCUAAAACAAAUGAUCCUGAACUGAUGAAACGUCAUAGGGCAGAUGUGGAGUUUCAUAGUCCAUUGCAUGAUAUAAAUAAGGAUAAUUAUACAUUAAGAAAUAGCAUAGAUACCUCGGAUCUUAACGAUCCAAAAAUUAUGAAAACUAUUCUGGAAGCCCUUCAAAAUAAGAAGAAGAAACACCCGCAUUUUAAAAGAAACUCUACUAUAGCCAAGAACGAAACUGACAAUUUUAAUAUUCACUCACCGGGUGGCGAUUUGACCUCACAAGAACUCGUUGAACAAAUGUACAGAAAAUUGCAGACACUCGGAGAUGAGGCGCCACGAUAUCUUGAAGAACUUAUCAGAAAAUUUGAAGUAGAUAAAUCAGAGGAGAAUGGAAAUUCUCCUAAGCAGAAGAGGCACGACCAUAUUCAUAUGGAGACUCAGGGAAGGCAAUACAAAAAACCUGUGAUUAAUUUCAAUAAUAAUAUCGACAGCAGACGAAGAAAGCGUGAUAUUCAGACUUUUGUGGAUUUAAAUAGAGACGAUAGUGAAAAUAAUAACGGACGUGAAGAGGGUUUUUCCCAAGUUCCGGAUGGGAUAGCAGACCAUAAAGGUAACGUAAGAGAGGCACAAAAUGACCACGACAUGAGUAACAGCGAGUUUUGGUCCUCAUUUUCCAGUUCGGAAGAGGCACUUCUGAACUGUGAAGGUCUUAUCUUGAAUUUGCCAUUAACUCCUCAUACAAAUUGCAAGAGAAAUCUGAGCGAACAGGAAGCGGAGGAGACUUAUUUGGCUAACUCGAUAACUUACAGAGUUCCAGUAAAUGGGUAUUAUUUCUUCGUAUUUAACAGUGAGAACGAGGUGCAAUCCAAUUACAUCCGGGUUCAAUUUCAUCUAAAUAAAGCCAUUUAUAACCUUUCUGACCCUGUCGCUGUCUGUGUAAAUAGUUCCGGUACUUGUGAAGUUGACUUGAACUUUUUUUCAUCUGAAAAGUUAGUUUUAGAGUUGCCAGUCAGAGGCAACGAUACCUUGUGGAACGAGGAAUUUAUUGUGGAAUCUGAAUGUGAACCGAGGACCGCUUUGUAUGCGGUCUGCGUGAUAUCUGUACCUGUUAUUAUUAUAUUAUUUGCUUUUUCCUAAAAAUAUAUUGUACAAGAGAUUUAUAAUUAGAAUAAUUAUAUAUAUAAAUUCUAUAUGUAUUGUUCCUUAAUAAAGUAUAGUCGUGGUUUUCUUAA